GGCCGCUAAACUCUGAAAGCUGCAUGGCGUCGCCGGAAUCCUUGGCUUCCCGCUGGCCAUAUGGCGUACCAUUACUCUUGAUCUUCUUCGUUGCAGCUUCUUUCUACCUCUCCGUAGCUGAAUAUAUCGCCUACAACACCACCGCCGGGAUUGUCACCGGAAAGCUCAACGUUCACCUCGUUCCCCACUCUCACGACGACGUUGGCUGGCUGAAGACCGUCGACCAGUAUUACGUUGGGUCUAAUAACUCCAUCCAGGGCGCAUGCGUGCGCAACGUUUUGGAUUCAGUUGUUUCCGCUCUUCUGGAGGAUAAGAACAGGAGGUUUAUCUAUGUUGAGCAAGCGUUCUUCCAGCGUUGGUGGAGGCAACAGAGUAAUGCCGUUAAGAAAAUAGUAAAGAGACUGAUUAGCUCGGGACGAUUAGAGUUAAUAAAUGGGGGAAUGUGUAUGCAUGAUGAGGCGGCUCCGCAUUAUAUUGACAUGAUUGAUCAGACAACCCUCGGCCAUCGCUUCAUCAAGAAGGAGUUUGGGCGGACGCCGAGGAUUGGUUGGCAGAUUGAUCCGUUUGGACAUUCGGCUGUACAGGCUUAUUUGCUCUCUGCAGAGGUAGGAUUUGAUGCUCUAUAUUUUUCUCGAAUUGAUUAUCAAGAUAGGGAUGAACGAGAGGUCCGGAAAAGUCUUGAGGUUGUAUGGAGGGGAUCCAAGUCUCUUGGCUCAUCAUCCGACGUUUUUACUGGCAUUUUUCCUGUAAACUACGAGCCUCCUCCUGGGGGUUUUUAUUUUGAGGUUAAUGACGACUCCCCUGUCAUUCAGGAUGACCCACUUUUGUUUGAUUACAAUGUUCAGGAACGAGUGAAUGAUUUUAUUUCUGCAGCUAUAUCACAGGCAAAUAUUACACGCACAAAUCAUAUCAUGUUCACCAUGGGAACUGAUUUUAAGUAUCAAUAUGCAAAUUCAUGGUUCAGACAAAUGGACCAGUUUAUUCAUUAUGUUAACAAGGAUGGGCGAGUUAAUGCCUUGUAUUCGACACCUUCCAUAUACACUGAUGCUAAAUACGAAGCAAAUGAAUUUUGGCCUCUCAAGACAGAUGACUUUUUCCCAUAUGCAGAUGGACCAAAUAGAUAUUGGACAGGAUACUUCAGCAGUAGGCCUAGCAUCAAAACAUACGUUAGAAGGAUGAGUGCCUACUAUCUAGCUGCAAGGCAGUUGGAAUUUCUUAAAGGAAGGAACAGCUCAGGGCCAAGCACUGACAGUUUGGCUGAUGCUUUAGCCAUUGCUCAACAUCAUGAUGCGGUUAGUGGAACUGAGCAACAGCACGUUGCAAACGAUUAUGCAAAACGACUAUCUAUAGGCUAUGCUGAGUCUGAGAAGGUAGUUGGGUUAUCACUUGGCUGCUUGGCAGAGUCACUGUCAGGUUCUGAUUGCUAUAACCCGGCAACAAAGUUUGAACAGUGUCCGCUUCUGAAUUUAAGUUACUGCCCUCCUUCUGAAGCAGAGCUCUCCCAUGGAAAAAGCCUGGUUAUUCUUGUGUACAACUCACUUGGAUGGAAAAGGGAGGAUGUGAUUAAAAUUCCAGUUGUCAGCGAUUCAGUUGUUGUCCAGGAUUCAUCCAAUGGUAGAGAAAUUGAAUGCCAGCUUCUUCCUAUUUCUGAUGAUACCAUGAGAUUAAGAAGCCACUAUGUUAAAGCAUAUUUAGGCAUAUCUCCCCACAACCGUCCUAAAUUUUGGCUCGUAUUUCCAGUUUCUGUACCACCUCUCGGUUUCAGCACAUAUGUUAUUUCCCUUGCUAGGACGAAAGCUUCAGGCUCUAUUACUUCUACGUCUACUUCGUAUUUAUCCAAGGGAAGUAACAGCGACAACAUGGAGAUUGGACCCGGAGACUUGAAGCUACAUUACAAUGUUGAUAAACAGGAACUCUCUUAUUAUUCCAACAGAAGAAGCUCUGUUAAAUCAUCCUUAGGGCAGUCAUACAAGUACUAUAUUGGAGCUGUUGGAGAUAAAAGUGAUUCACAGGCUUCUGGAGCGUAUGUUUUUCGUCCAAACGGCACUUCUCCGAUCAAAUCUAAGCAGGUUCCGUUGACUAUUUUGCGGGGCCCCCUUGUAGAUGAAAUGCAUGAACAGGUCAAUUCAUGGAUAUAUCAGAUUACCAGGGUAUACAAGGCAAAAGAGCAUGUAGAAUUUGAGUUUGUAGUUGGUCCAAUACCCAUUGAAGAUGGAAAUGGGAAAGAAUUAGUUACUCAAUUCACUACAAAAAUGCUGACCAACAAGAUAUUUUAUACAGAUUCAAAUGGGCGAGAUUUCAUAAAGAGGAUUCGAAAUUAUAGGUCGGACUGGGCGCUGCAAGUACACCAACCUGUUGCUGGAAAUUAUUAUCCUAUUAAUCUUGGAAUUUACUUGCAAGAUAACCGCACUGAACUCUCUCUCUUAGUAGACGGAUGUAUGGGUGGCUCCAGCAUUCAGGAUGGCCAAGUAGAAUUGAUGCUUCAUAGGAGAUUGCUUCAUGAUGAUGGUAAAGGAGUGGCAGAGGCGCUUAAUGAAACAGUUUGUGUGAAUGAUGAAUGUGCAGGACUAACAAUUCAAGGCAAAUUCUAUCUUAGAAUAGAUCUGCUGGGAGAGGGAGCUAAAUGGCGUAGAACCACCGGUCAAGAGAUCUAUUCUCCUCUUCUUGUGGCUUUUUCAGAACAGGAUGGGGGCAACUGGGUAAAUUCUCAUGUACCAAAAUUCUCUGCAACGGAGUCCUAUUGUUUGCCAGAAAAUGUUGCUUUGAUUACACUUCAGUUCAAUAAGGUGGACACAGUCUUGCUCUAUAUGAGCAUAGAUGCGUAUGGUAUAGGAAUCGGUCAGAGAAGAUCAAAGCCUUCCACGGAUUACGAACUGGAGUUUUCUCAUGAACGAAAUGCGAGAGCAGGCCCUGCAACGUGA